ACGGAAGAUAAAGGCACACCAACACUUUUGCACAUUGAAUAACAAUAUUCGCCACUCUGCCUGCUGCUACACAGAAAUGAAAUGAACAGGCAAGGAAAAGUGUGAAAAGAAAGAAGGCUGCGAAAAGUUUUUUACCCUUUGGAUAUUCAUUUUAAAGAAGUUUUCUCGACAAUGGAGAUUAGUUUUCAAACAUGAAAACCCGUGAAUACGCCACAAAUUGACGUAUUGAAAGUAAAUUUCUAGUUCAGAGCAGUGUGAAAAGUAUAGACGAGGCCAAUUUAGUAUGUGAAAAAAAGUAUCGAAUGAGAAAAUAAGAAGGCCAAGUUUUUCCUGCUGCCACAAAGCGUAGUCUUCGUCGACGUUGUUUUUUUCUGCAGCAAUCUGGUGGCUGGUGACGAUCAAGUGAACCGUGCUGAAUUUGGAUUAAUAGAACAACAGUGUGUGGUUUGGAUAUUACGUUUCUGAUUUUUUUGGUGGAUUCAAAAAGCUGUGCAGCAGCAGAAAGUUAAGUAGAGCUGCAAACUGCGAACAAAACAAGUCUGACUGAACAGCACCAGUCUAGCAACGCGGGGUAGCAAAAGCAGACGAGAAAUAAAGAUGGAUUCCGAUGAUGAGAGUUUCGAUGGGCAUGAUUCCGGAAAUGUUUCCAGCGGAGACGAUGACUUCGCAAUGGAUGUAGAUAUCAAUAAUCCACGGGACCGCGGCCAGCAAGAAGAGGACUAUCCGUACGAGGUUCUCACUACGGAGGAAAUAGUACAGCAUAUGGUGGACUGUAUCAAAGACGUCAACACCGUGGUAGAGAUACCUGCGACGAUUACUCGGAUCCUGUUGAAUCAUUUCAAGUGGGACAAGGAAAAGCUGAUGGAGCGCUUUUACGAUGGUGACCAGGAAAAACUGUUCAAGGAUGCGCAUGUAAUUAACCCUUUUCGGAAACCCAGCACAGUCACUAAGCCAAAGAUCAAAAAAUCUGGAACAGAGGAUUGCGAGAUUUGCUAUUCGUCAUUUCCCCCUAGUAUGAUGACAGGGCUGGAAUGUGGUCAUCGUUUCUGCACGCAAUGCUGGCAAGAGUACCUGACGACCAAGAUCGUCGAAGAAGGGCUAGGUCAAUCAAUUUCCUGCGCAGCACACGGAUGCGACAUCUUGGUGGACGACGUAACCGUGAUGCGGUUAGUACAGGAUUCACGCGUCAAGCUCAAGUAUCAGCAUCUGAUCACAAAUAGCUUUGUUGAGUGCAAUCGUCUACUACGCUGGUGUCCGUCGGUUGACUGCAACUACGCAGUCAAAGUACAGUACGUCGAUCCACGGCCAGUCGUUUGCAAAUGUAAUCACGUGUUCUGCUUCGAGUGCGGUGAAAAUUGGCACGACCCGGUACAGUGCCGUCUGUUGAAAAAAUGGAUUAAAAAAUGCGAUGAUGAUUCGGAAACUUCGAAUUGGAUUGCUGCAAACACAAAAGAAUGUCCAAAAUGCAAUGUCACCAUUGAGAAAGACGGAGGUUGCAAUCACAUGGUAUGCAAAAAUCAAAAUUGUAAGUAUGAUUUCUGCUGGGUUUGCUUGGGAUCUUGGGAACCGCAUGGUUCGUCCUGGUAUAACUGCAACCGUUACGACGAGGACGAAGCUCGUGCUGCGCGUGAUGCUCAGGAAAAAUUUAGAUCGUCUUUGGCAAGAUACCUGCAUUAUUACAACCGUUACAUGAAUCACAUGCAAUCGCUGAAAUUUGAACACAAACUAUACGCCUCGGUUAAAGCCAAAAUGGAAGAAAUGCAGCAGCAUAAUAUGUCCUGGAUUGAGGUCCAAUUUCUGAAGAAAGCUGUGGAUAUCCUUUGCCAGUGCCGUCAAACGCUUAUGUGCACCUACGUGUUCGCGUACUACCUGCGUAAAAAUAAUCAAUCGCUCAUUUUCGAGGAUAAUCAGAAAGAUUUGGAAAGCGCCACGGAGAAGCUUUCCGAAUUCCUGGAACGUGAUAUUACGUCGGAGAAUCUGGCCGACAUAAAACAGAAAGUACAAGACAAGUAUCGGUACUGCGAAAAACGUCGAAAAGUGUUGCUAGAUCACGUGCACGAAGGCUAUGAGAAAGAUUGGUGGGAUUAUACCGAUUGAUAAAAUAUUUCUGCCAACAACAGAACAGGGAUUCUGCUCCGAGUGACUGCACCGAACAAGAACGAAAAAAAAAACUUUUGGAGCACUCAAAAUCGACUGAGUGUUAUUAGAUGGUGAGUCAUAGCAGCAAACGUAAAAAUAAUAAUAGAAGAAAUCAAAUAUUUGCGAUCCGAAGGCAUCCAGCAUACUAGCUUAUCGAGAAAAUCGAAAGAAAUAGCAAAACAAGAAAACUAAAAAAAAAAUCUUCAAAGUAUUCAUUAAUUAUGAGGCGUACUUUUAUUUUCGCCGCAAAGUAAACAUCCGAUUUUCAGAUUACGUAGGGAAAACGCGAAGGACGUACAUGUUUUUAAAAAAUGCUAUAAAUAAUUAGGUAGCAUUAAGUAGCACUGUUGUUAUUUGUCUGUUUUUUCUUGUUUAUUUUUAUUUGCUCGGAUUGAACUUAAUUAGACAGUGAAACUAAGUACACUAAAGUGGUACUUUUUGUAAUGAUUUGCCAGUUGAACAAAGUAAUGACGUAAAUUUGCUCGCUUUUAAAUUAUCUAUCAAGUUAAAACAAAUUCGAUAUUAGAAAACAUACAACACACAACAUACAAAAAGAAUCAUGGUUCAAGAGCCGAACAGUCAUGUAGCUUGGUAUUCCCUAACCAAACAGUGUUAGAAUGUUCUCUAGCGGACUAUAUUGCAAUUAGUGUUUUAAAAUUUUAAUCAUUUAUAUUGAUUUUUCAAAUAAAAUAUUAGUAUGCAACUUGUAACGCCCGGAUAACAAACAAAGAUUAUAAUUAUUUGGACACCAAUAACCAGUUUGGCUUACAUCACAACGAAAGAAACAAACAGUGUCGUGCCGCAUCUGUCUUUGAUGAGGACUAUUUGGAGGCCGAUUGUGAUUAGUGAAAGCUAUGAGACAUUGAUAACCCAAAAUAUGCCACAAUUUAUUUUGUUGAUUCAAUUUAACGCUGUCCACUCUAUUAUGAUCCAUCGAUUCAGUGAUUCUUUUAGCUAUUCCAAAAUUUAGUAUUUGAUAGUCUUAACUGCACUCUACCGGCGUGAACUUGGUGGUUUGUACUUUUCUUUACCCUUGUCUCGAUUGAUUUCCCUCUUUUUAUUCCUUUUUUAUAAUUUUAUAGUUGUGCAAGAAACUGCAUAACACUUCAUCAAGUUCGGUUGCCUGUCAUUAUAUUUGUUUACAGUAGAAAUUUGUAAACACUUGUGCACCUUCUCUCUAUCCUUUCUAGUCUGGAGCGUUUUCAAAGAAUUUCUCAUAUUUGUUUUAGUAUAUUCUCCACAAGCGAACAGCGCAGUAGUGUCCGCUACAAAAUCCUUGUUCCCUUUUGCAAGCCUUCAUUAGUAGGACGCUUAAAAACGGAUUUGUGCUGAAAAAAAUUCAUAUGAAUUAAAGUUUUUGACAAAGUGAUAUAAAGUUUUAACGAAAAGAAUAAUGCAAAAAAGAAUAUAUAUAAAAAGUGAUGUGAAAGAGGUUUAUAAUAAAGCUGAACAUAACAAGAGAACUAAACAAUUAUAUACGGAUUAUGAAGUGGAUAUGUUAGAAUUUGUCAUUUUCUCAUUUUGUUGAUCUACAGCGGUAAAUGAAUAACUACAAACAUGAUAAAUUACAUUGUAAAAUCCGAUCGGAUCGAAAAACAAAAUAAA